AUGGACUUUCUACAUUCCGCGGGGUUCGCCUCUCAUGUGCAAACCCUGAUGGAUCAAUAUCAUGUUCCAGGUCUGGCUGUUGCGAUUGUGCAAAAUGGAUCAGUUUCAUCAACUGGUUUCGGGAACGCGUCUCUCUCGCCAUUGGAGCCAUGCACAGCAGAUACGGUGUUCGAUAUUGCAUCAUCUUCCAAAUCUUUUACUGCUGGGUCAGUCGCCAUGCUAAUCGACGACAAUGAAAAUUUCCCCGAAGUGCAAUACGAAAGUACCAUGUCUAGUUUGCUACCUGAUGAUUUUGUCAUGUCCGAUACUGAAUACACGAGAAAUGUCACACUGGCUGAUGUCGUGAGCCACCGCAGUGGUCUUCCUUCUCAUGACUUUUCCUACAUGAGUAUACGAGCGGCUCACCCCGACGAUGCUCGCUCAAUUACAAGGAAUUUGAGAAAUCUGCCAGUGGCUGCACCCAUUCGUUCGAAGUACAUGUAUUGCAAUAUGAUGUUCACGGUAUUAUCGUAUCUCGUUGAGGUCAAAAGCCGCCUCAGCUUUUCCGAUUUCCUUGAAAAACACAUAUUCAAACCACUCAAUAUGCAGUCAACUGCUCUCCAACGGAGCGGAGCACGCGCUAAGGGUGUGGCAGACCGAAUUGCAAUGGGGUACUUCUGGGAUGAAGACAACUCGACAUAUGUUGAUUGCCCAAUGCCGGAAAGCCCAGAGGCACAAGGUGCCGGCUCCAUUUUUACAAGUGCGAACGACUUUAUAAAAUGGGUCCAAGCCUUGAUGGACCACAAGGGGACUCCUAUCAAUUCUAAAAUGUACGAAGGUCUUGUAGAAUUGCGAAGCUUUGAGGAUCCCAAUGGAAAGGACGCAGCACCUUUCAAGUAUACUUCCCCUGCGUUCUAUACAGCUGGGAUGGACGUAUAUUACUACAAGGGAUACGUAGUGGUCAGCCAUGACGGUCAUGAUAAUGGAUAUGGUAGUCGCUUUUUCUUUCUCCCCGACAUGAAAUUCGGCGGUGUGAUUGUUGGAAAUUCGGACGGAGCAAAUGACAUGAGUCCUUUUUUGGCCCAGUAUAUGAUCCAGCAAUUCCUAGAGGGGAAUGCAUCCAGCCUAGAUGCAUUAAAUCAGAAUCCGGCGGAGGCUGCCGCUCAGAGUGAGAUGGAGCAAAAAUUCGACCAUAUGAGAGCCACAUCCACGCCGCAGGAAACUCCUCUUCCAACCUACGUAGGUAAUUAUUCGAACCCGGGUUAUCACGAGAUGAAUGUUCAAGUGAAGGAUGGCAAGCUUUUCAUCGAUGCUACCGACCGAUCGAUGGGUUUUACCCUUACGUUUGAACAUGUUGCAAACCAGACGGAAUAUAUAGCUCAUAUAAGUGACUGGCAAGAAGGCGGGGAUGAUCCUGUGAAAGCCAGAUUUGUUUUUGAGGGCAAGGAAGUGGUGAAAAUGGGGCUGGAUCUUGAGGAAGAUCUGGACGAUUUGAUUUGGUUUGUCAAGGAAACAAAGUGA